AUGUUCGUGCGGCAGGCGUGGCGGGUUGUGGGCUCGUGUGGCGUCGGGCUGCUCUUUGGUGGUCGCAACGAGCCAUGGGUUGGCGGCACCUUUGUCGUGGUUGGCGUUCUCAUCCAAGUGUUGCAAGGGUGGCGUUCGUUCGACUUGUGCGACAUGGCCGGCCACACAACUGGCGUCGCGAUGGGAAAGUUGAUCGCUGCUGGCACUCCAAACAUGAUCUCGCUCUUGAAAAACCUCGUCAAGACGGUGAUCUCGCUCUUGAAAAACCUUGUCAAGACGGCGCAGUAG